AUGAAUUCGCCAAAUAAAAAUAGAAACAUUACAAAAACGCAAUUAACUGAGAAGCUAAAAGCUGAUAUUGAUAUUUUGACCAACGAUCUGAAAAAAACGUUGACCAAUCUUGAAACUGCUGCAGAAUUUGAAGGUGCAGAAGAGAAAAUACGUAGCUUGAAAAAUAAACCCUGCAAAAUAUUAAAAUUAGUAGACUAUCUGAAGAUAAUGAAGUAUUUAAAAAAAGAUUUGAAUGAGAUUGAAAAAAAAUGCGGUGAGUUUAUACGAGACGUCAGUAAAUUUCAAGUUGAGUCUGUUGGGGUUGGUGAACUGAUAAGUCUAUACGCAUCAGAAGAUGAAGAUACUACCAAUUCUGUGAGUAUGGAUGGCACCGACCAAUUAUCCCAUAAAGUUCCUAGAUUGUCUCACAAAAUAAUAGAUUUUAGCCAGAAAGAAGAAAUAGAAAAAAUUGAUGACGUCAAAAAAGAAGCUCUCAGUGAUUUAAGUAAUUUAGCUGAUAUUAAAGACAGAAUACUUGUCCCUAAAAUGUAUCAAACUAAUCAAUCCAACGAGCACGUUAAAUUUACGAAGUUUGUUUGGAAGAGAUUUUAUGAUCCCAGCGACCAAGAAGACGUCAGUCUUAUUAAGACAAUUUGUGUAGAAUGUACUGAUCAAGAUAAAUUUACCUACAUCGCAACGUUGUCAUUCACAACUUUGAAUUCCAUUGAAUUAGCAGCAUUGAAUUCUGGUAAAAUAAUACUGGUUGUCUCUCACAGCCAAUUCGAUUCGUGGAUCAGUAAAUUUUUGAUGUGGAGAACGGAAUUCAGCAAUCGGAAUAAAAUGAACUUGUACAUUUUAAGCAAAGAAAAUAUGAUUGACUUUGUAGAGUGGAGUGAAACAGGCGGUGUGCUUGUUAUUAAUUUUGAUAUGUUUCAACAAAUUUAUUAUUUUAAACAAAGUAUGGAAGUCGCGAAACAAAGCAUUUAUGAUUGUAUUUUUGAUUCUGAAAUUAAUUUGUUCAUUUUUGAUCUUCUUUGCUCUGAAAAUAAAGACGAUUUGGAUCUUGAAAUUGUAAAGCAAAUGACGAAUUUAAAAUUGAUUUUUGGAAUUGAUCAUAAAAUCAUUAAUUUUGAUGAUCAAUGCUAUCAUUAUGCUGCAGAAAAGUAA